ACUUUGUGCGACAGAAAGUACUCGACGAGGGACGAAAGUACAUCCAUAUCCCGUCAAUUUUUAACCAAGCAGCGUGAUUUCGUCGCGCAACAGUUGUCACGGUCGCAUGUAUGAAAUAUUACCUUUAUAUAAAUCGUAAAAACUUUGAAAAGGGCUAUGCAAACAUAUUUUGUAACGGAAGAGACUACUAGUGAGCAUGCUGUGUAUCACAGACAGUUGCAGAGUAGGAGUGUAUCGUCUUUUGAUGACAUUUUAAUUUUUGCGCAAGUGAAAAUGAAUACGGAUGCCACAGAAGAAGGUGAACAAUUUGAACCAUCUUUAAGAAACGUUAUUGAGCAGCGAUCUUUACGAUGGAUUUUCGUUGGUGGUAAAGGAGGUGUUGGAAAAACAACGUGCAGUUGCUCCUUAGCAGUCCAGUUGGCUAAAGUGCGAGAAAAUGUACUUAUUAUUUCAACUGAUCCAGCGCAUAAUAUUUCUGAUGCUUUUGAUCAAAAGUUUAGUAAAGUACCAACAAAGGUGAAAGGUUUCAAUAAUCUUUUUGCUAUGGAGAUUGAUCCUAAUGUAGGUAUCACAGAACUACCAGAAGAAUAUUUUGAGAAUGAAACAGUUUUAGGUGGUGAAGCAAUGCGAUUAAGUAGAAAUGUAAUGCAAGAAAUUGUUGGAGCAUUCCCUGGUAUUGAUGAAGCAAUGAGUUAUGCAGAGGUCAUGAAGCUUGUAAAAGGAAUGAAUUUUUCUGUGGUUGUAUUUGAUACUGCGCCAACUGGGCACACAUUACGGUUACUGUCAUUCCCUCAAGUCGUCGAGAAAGGUUUAGGCAAAUUAAUGAGGCUUAAAAUGAAGAUUAGUCCGUUUAUCACACAGAUAAGCUCUCUUCUUGGCAUGACGGACUUCAAUGUCGAUACGUUCUCUAACAAAAUGGAAGAGAUGUUGACUGUUAUUCGGCAAGUGAACGAACAAUUUAGAGAUCCAGAGCAAACAACUUUUAUCUGCGUUUGCAUAGCAGAAUUUUUGUCGCUUUAUGAAACUGAACGACUGGUACAAGAAUUAACUAAAUGUGGCAUCGAUACUCACAACAUUAUCGUGAAUCAACUAUUAUUUUUGAGAGAGGGUGAUGUUCCAUGUAGACUUUGUCUUGCCAGACACAAGGUUCAGGAUAAAUAUUUAGAUCAGAUUACAGAUCUAUAUGAAGACUUUCAUGUGACAAGGCUACCCUUACUAGAACGAGAAGUACGCGGAGCUCAAUACGUCCAGGAAUUUUCUGAAAAUCUGAUUAAGCCUUACAAGCCUUAGUAAUAUUACAAUUUUAUUUCAACAGUUUCAUAGAGAAAUAUUGCAAUCAGCACUAGAAUUUGUUCAUGGAGUGGGGUGUCUAAUGCUCUGUCGUAAAAUUUAAAUAAUCUUGAGUAAACUAAUUCAGAUCAUAAAGGCAAAGAUUUUACUAAAUGUUAUUUCUGCAUUGCUAGGUAUUUGAUAUCUUGAGUAAUUCCAGUUAUUUACUUUAAAUCGUGAAUCUUUAUUAGAACAUCAAGAGAAAAUAAAAUAGCAUCAUAUAAAAGCAUAUGAAUUGAUGGAGUACCAUUGUUCUCCAAUAAAAAUUUUAAUAUUCAU